AGGGGAUCGUGGAAGACGUGUGGUUGCUACAAAAAGUGUUCAGAAUUUUGCAAUCGGUCUUAGCGGUGUGGGGGGCGGGGAGGCUGGGUAAAAGAAGGAGGAGCAGGAGACGUCAGGAACCCGCCCAGGAUUCAGACACCCGCCUUCCGAUUUAGCCUGUGGGGUGGGCGCGGCCUAGUGUACGCCCCUCGGAGAGGGUUACAGAGUUUAUAAACCAUAGAGAUGACUGGAUGACCGGGGAGCCUAGAGAGAACAAAGGCUGCUCCUAGCCUAUUUCCGUUUCCGCUGAGGCAUUGGCGGUUGGUGUGCAUCAUGGCAACUGUGGCAGCCACCACCAAAGUCCCUGAGAUCCGGGAUGUGACAAGAAUCGAGAGAAUUGGCGCUCACUCUCACAUCCGGGGUCUAGGACUGGAUGAUGCCUUGGAACCAAGACAGGCUUCCCAGGGCAUGGUGGGGCAGCUAGCUGCCCGGCGUGCAGCUGGCGUGGUGCUGGAGAUGAUCCGAGAAGGGAAAAUUGCAGGGCGGGCCGUCCUCAUUGCUGGCCAGCCAGGCACUGGGAAGACAGCCAUCGCCAUGGGCAUGGCCCAGGCACUGGGUCCCGACACUCCGUUCACAGCCAUCGCAGGCAGUGAGAUCUUUUCUCUGGAGAUGAGCAAGACAGAGGCUCUGACUCAAGCCUUCCGCCGUUCCAUUGGGGUCCGUAUCAAGGAGGAGACAGAGAUCAUUGAAGGAGAGGUAGUGGAGAUCCAGAUUGACCGGCCAGCCACAGGCACAGGGUCCAAGGUGGGCAAACUGACCCUCAAGACCACAGAGAUGGAGACCAUCUACGAUCUGGGCACCAAGAUGAUCGAGUCUCUGACCAAGGACAAGGUCCAGGCCGGGGAUGUGAUCACUAUUGACAAGGCCACCGGCAAGAUCUCCAAGCUGGGCCGCUCUUUCACACGAGCCCGUGACUAUGACGCCAUGGGCUCCCAGACCAAGUUUGUGCAGUGCCCAGACGGGGAGCUGCAGAAACGCAAGGAGGUGGUGCACACCGUGUCCCUCCACGAGAUUGACGUCAUCAACUCUCGGACUCAGGGCUUUCUGGCCCUUUUCUCAGGAGACACAGGGGAGAUCAAGUCAGAAGUCCGAGAACAGAUCAAUGCCAAGGUGGCUGAGUGGAGGGAGGAGGGCAAGGCGGAGAUCAUCCCUGGGGUGCUGUUCAUCGACGAGGUCCACAUGCUGGACAUUGAGAGUUUCUCUUUCCUCAACCGGGCCCUGGAGAGUGACAUGGCCCCUGUCCUCAUCAUGGCCACCAACAGAGGCAUCACCCGGAUCCGAGGCACCAGCUACCAGAGCCCCCAUGGCAUCCCCAUUGACCUGCUAGACCGUCUGCUCAUUGUGUCAACAUCCCCCUACAGUGAGAAGGACACCAAGCAGAUUCUGCGCAUCCGCUGUGAGGAGGAGGAUGUGGAGAUGAGCGAGGAUGCCUACACAGUGCUGACCCGCAUCGGGCUGGAGACCUCCCUGCGCUACGCCAUCCAGCUUAUCACAGCGGCCAGCCUGGUGUGCCGGAAACGCAAGGGCACAGAGGUGCAGGUGGACGACAUCAAACGUGUAUACUCCCUCUUCCUGGACGAGUCCCGCUCCACACAGUACAUGAAGGAAUACCAAGAUGCCUUCCUCUUCAAUGAGCUCAAAGGCGACACAAUGGACACCUCCUGAGCUGACCUCCACUCAGCCCUUCCCACGUUGUUUUCUACAAGUUGUGACACUGUGACUUUGUAUAAAAUGGUUGGAAACUGGA